UUUUUGGAGCUAGCUCAUGUCAGCAUCAAAUAUUGUUAGCAUGGCUGCAGCCCUCAGGGCAAAUGUCAGGUCGGUGGUCUCUGUGUGUCGGAGACUGUCCACCCAGCAGCAGCCUGGACCUCCGGAGUCUCCGCCGGGGAGCCAGUUACCUCCGGUGAGGGAGCGUAGACAAAAGAAAGACCCCAAAGGCUGUUCCGUGUUUCUCUUCCCCGGCCAGGGUAGCCAGUUUGUGGGCAUGGGCAGAGGACUGACGAAGUACCCCAACGUGAAAGAGAUGUUCUCCGCAGCGCAGGAGAUCCUCGGCUACGACCUGCUGUCUCUGUGUCUGGAGGGACCGGAGGAGGAGCUGCGGAAGACGGUGCACUGCCAGCCGGCUGUGUUCGUCACGUCUCUGGCAGCGGUGGAGAAACUGCACCACGAAAACCCCAAGGCCGUAGAGACGUGCGUCGCUGCUGCAGGUUUCAGCGUCGGUGAAUUUGCUGCCCUCGUCUUUGCCGGAGCCAUGGACUUUUCAGAAGCCUUGUAUGCAGUGAAGGUGCGUGCCGAGGCCAUGCAGAGAGCCUCUGAGCUGGCUCCCAGCGGGAUGCUGUCGGUCAUCGGCAGACCUCAGGCUCAGUAUAAUUACGCCUGUCUUCAAGCCAGGGAGCACUGCAAGAGUCUGGGGAUUCUGGAGCCCGUUUGCUCUGUGGCCAACUAUUUAUUCCCUGACGGCCGGGUCAUUGCAGGCCACCAGCAGGCACUGGACUUCCUCCAGCAGAACUCGCGGCCUCUGCAGUUCCUGAGGACCAAAGCUCUCCCCGUCAGCGGGGCUUUCCACACGGCACUGAUGGCGUCGGCUGCUGAGCCCCUCAAAGCGGUGCUGCGGCAGGUGGAGGUGCGACGACCCGAGAUCAGCGUCUACUCCAACGUGGACGGCAAACGCUACAUGAGCGAAAGCCACGUGCGCAGGCAGCUGGUCAAGCAGCUGUUCUCGCCCGUGAAAUGGGAGCAGACUCUGCACGAGAUCUACGAGAGGGCGCAGGGGGAGAGCUUCCCUCAAACGUACGAGGUCGGGCCCGGGAAGCAGCUGGGCGCCACGCUGCAGAAGUGCAACAGGAAGGCGUCUCAGUCGUACUCUCACGUGGACGUCACGGCACACGAGGAGUGACCGUGCAGACGCCAGGACUCCCAUGACUGCAGCUCUGCUGGAAAAGAUCUUGUAUUACUGUGUAUUUAAU